AUGUCACAUCGGGCCCCCAUACGCACGCAUGCAGCCGAUGCGGAGGUGGAUGUGCUGAAGGAGAGGCUGGGAUCCCUGGCCUGGCCUGAGCAGUUCUUUGGUGCCAACCAUCUGACCCUGGUGCACCCUGAGGCCGGCACACGCCUGACCUUUGAGGCGGAGGACGCCUUACGGGCGUGGCUGUCGGGGUCGGAGGCCCCCGUGCACGUGAAGACGGCGGGGAAGUGGAUGCAAGCGCACGCCCAAGAUGUCGACACCCAUAAGGCCAAGGUCCUGCAGUAUGAUUGGACUUUCACGACCGGGUAUCGAGGGAGUGGUGCGGGGCCAGCAGGGCCACAGUCAGCCCACGGCAGCAGCGGUGAGCUGGCCUGGGAGGCAACCGACGCGCAGAUGGACCGCGGCAUGCUGACCGCCCGGGACCCCAUCCUGAUGUAUGCCGACAUCCCGCUGUUUGAAAGUGAGCUGGAAGACAAUGGCGUCGCCUCCCUGUCUGUCAAGGUGACCAGCGAGCGCGGGUUGGCUGUCCGCGUGAUGCCGAGGUGCUGGUACGCCCUCCUCAGGUUUUGGCUCAGAGUCGACGGCGUGCUGGUCCGACUCCGCACCACUCGCGUCUUCUGCGCCUUCAAGGACGCCCCAGACGUGGUGCUGCGAGAGACGACGUAUCAGGAGGGCACCUUUGCGGCUCUGGCGGCUGCGGGGGCGCCAAGGGAGGGCCCGAGCUACGCAGACGCGGAUGCAGCUGGGGCCGCGCUGGCAGCCGUGGCACCCGUGGGAGUCACCCUGUACGAACGACAAGCUCUGCAAUUGAAAGAAGGCGGCGCGGCGGAUACCAACAUGCGGUGA